CGGCGCAAAGUGGCGCGCGCUCACAGACAGCGUAGUUCAUUUAAUUGCUAAAGAGAUGCUCCCAUUUAAUAUUGUAGAAAAGCCGGCAUUUCGAAAAAUGUUGCAGACAUUUGAUAGACAGUAUGAACUCCCCAGGAAAACAUACAUAUCACAAACGGCAAUUCCACAACUGUACAGCAGUAUUAAAGAGGACAUACUGAAGGAGAUACAAGACAUUUCAUUUUUCUCUGCUACGUCGGAUAUGUGGUCAAGUUCAAAUAUGACCCCUUAUAUGAGCUUGACCAUUCACUAUAUAGCUGCUGACUGGACUCUGCACUCUAAAUGUUUAGAGACCAGAUAUGUCCCAGAUAACCACACUGCUGACACCCUGGGAGAAAACCUGAAAUCUGCUUUAGCAGACUGGGGACUGGAUGAGGACAAACUGGUCUGCAUUACAACAGACAACGGUGCUAACAUUGUUGCUGCAAUAAGAAAUCUUGGCUGGCAGUGGCUCAACUGCUUUGGCCACAACCUCCACCUUGCUGUUUCCCAUGGUCUAGACAGUGACAAAGAACGGACAGCACGUGCCAUAGGACUCUGUAAAAGUCUGGUAAACACUUUCAACCUGAGCUUCCUUAAAAAGAGAGACCUGAGGAAGGCACAGAAUGAAGCUAAUCUCCCUCAGCACAAUCUCAUUCUGGAUGUUGUCACACGAUGGGGCACUAAACAGAAGAUGAUUGAAAGGGUGUUGGAGCAACUUCCAGCCAUUAGACGAGUCCUGGUUCAUGACAGAAAGCACAGCCAUCUCAAUCCAACCUGGCAGGAUGUUUCGGUGUUGGAGUCCAUCAACGCAGCUAUGAAACCACUGGCUGACUUUACAGAUGUCCUUUCAGGAGAAACAUACGUCACAGUGUCCUCUGUUAAGCCUGUGCUAGAACUGAUUAACGGCGACCUUCUCUCUUCAGGCCCUGAUGACAGCACACUGACUGCCAGUAUUAAAAAUAACAUAUCCACGAUACUGACUGGAAAAUACAGCUCACCUGCCAUCCAAGACCUCCUGACAAAAGCAACCAUCUUGGAUCCAAGGUACCGUGGCAGCAUGGAGGAGGCUGGAUCAUUGGAUGACGUCAAACAUCAGCUGGUGCAAGAGCUACUGGACUUAAAAGAGCCAGAAGUAAGUGAAGAAGGUGUAAGUGGUGAGGCUUCUAGCCAAGCUGGUGGAGGAACCAAAGAUGAACCUACAGCUGCCCCACUCACCAAGAAGAAGAGGCUAAGUGACCUUCUUCAAAACAGAAGAGCUGAACGCACAGUUCAGACACAGACUACAUAUCCAAAAAGAGAGCAGGCUGAUGCUGAACUUACAAAGUUCCUUCAAGAAGAUGCUAUUGAUGCCUCUUGUGAUCCCUUGAUGUGGUGGUGUGACAAUCAAAAAAGAUAUCCUUUGAUGGCAAACUUGGCCAAAAAAUACAUGUGUAUUUGUGCAACAAGCACCAGUUCAGAGAGAAUGUUUAGUACAGCUGGACACAUUGCUACUCCUGAGAGAUCCUGUCUUAAGCCACACAAACUUAACAUGUUGGUAUUUCUUGCUCGGAAUCUGUCUGACUAAAGUAGCUACAGAUCUGCUUAAAGAUUUUUGAGGCAUCUGGUCUUAUUUAAGAAUCUGCUUUUUGUUACUUUGCAUUUUUUUAAUAAAAUGGCAGUUUUGCCUAUCUUUUGAUAUACAGACUUCAUUAUCUGUACUCUUUUGGUUGAAUGUAGUUUUUAUUUCCACCAUGGUUUUAUCUUGUGUUUAGUUUGUAUUCAAGUGUAUUUUUAGUUAACAGAGACUGAGAGUCCAUUUGAUUUUUAUUUCUCGUUUUAUUUUGUUAACCAGUUCCAGUGUUAAGUGUUCUGUUGAAAAUAAAGUGUGAUUAUCUUUGGCAGGAAAUCGCAUGCAUUAUUAAGUUAGGGUUAUUUCCAUUAAAUCAGUGUAAAAAGGUCUUCAAACAAUAUUAUCGUUUAUCGCAAUAAUUUCUGAGACAAUUAAUCGUUCAGCAAAAUUUGUUAUCGUGACAG